AUGGACUAUCGAUCAGAAGCACAGCGUGAGCCAGACCUCGAGCGCGAUGGCCAUGGCCUCAACAGACUGGAGCAAGAAGAAUCGCCUUAUCAGCACUACGACAACUCCCCAGCAGGCGAGAAGCGGCACCAUGAGGAAGAGGAGUCCAACUCCGACGCAUCAAGUACUUUCUCGGAACGGCAUAUGGAAGGUCUACCGCACACUCGAAGCAUUCGAAGAUCGAGCACACGUAACAGCAGCUUGUCUCGAGUACCAUCGCAACGACUUGAACGCGCCACGACUACGGCAUCGACGGUCCUGUCAGCUGUGAGGUCUCGAGUACCUCGGCGUCACAAAGAGGAUCCUUACAGGCCGCUGAAUUGGACUUUUCGUAAGAAAUGUUUGACGACUAUUCUGUAUGGCUUCACGGCGAUGUGUGCGACCUUUGCAAGCAGUGUGUACUCUCCGGCUGCAGCACAGAUUGCAGGAGAAUUCUCCAUUGGGACGGAAGUGUCGACGUUGGGCAUAUCGCUACUGCUGGUUGGGUUCGGCAUUGGACAAUUACUCUGGGCUCCGCUAAGUGAAGUCUACGGCAGAAAGCUCGCCGUCCUGAUACCAUUCUACAUCUCCGCCAUGUUCGCCUUCGGAGGAGGAGCUGCGAAAGACGUGCAGACUCUCAUGAUAUGCCGCUUCUUCCAAGGUCUAUUCGGCUCAGCCCCGGUCACCAAUACUGGAGGCGUCUUAGGCGACAUCUGGCCUCCGGAAGUACGAGGCGCAGCAAUGGUCGGCUAUGCCAUGACAAUCGUAGGUGGUCCUACUAUCGGUCCCAUCGUCGGCGGCGCUUUCAUUGUGUCAGGUGUAGGUUGGCGCUGGACGCAAUAUCUCACAGGCAUCAUGAUGAUGUUCAUCCUCACCCUCGACGUUAUCAUCCUGGACGAAUCCUACGCCCCUGUCCUUCUGGUCUCCAAAGCCCGUCGCCUCCGCCACGAAUCUGGGAAUUGGGCCCUUCACGCCGAGCACGAGGAAUGGGACAUCUCUCUCGUCGAGCUAGCGAAUAAAUACCUGGUUCGUCCCUUCCAGCUCCUUGCAACACCGAUCUGCUUUCUCAUGGCAUUGUACGCAUCCUUCUGCUACGGGAUUCUGUACGCCUCCCUGGCUGCCUUCCCCAUCGAGUUCGAAGAAGAACGAGGCUGGAAUGAAUUGGUUGGAUCCCUGCCCUUCCUGGCUAUGCUGGUGGGAAUCUGCAUCGGGGCUUUUGCAAACUUCUUCAACCAGAAAUUCUACAUCUCCCGCUGGAAGGCGAACAAUUUUCGGCCUGUGCCUGAAGCGAGACUCCCGCCUAUGAUGGGUGGGAGUAUUGUCUUCGCCGCGGGUCUUUUCAUGUUCGCAUGGAGUUCACAGCCGUCGACUCCGUGGAUUGUACCCUGUAUCGGAAUCGCUCUUGAGGGCAUCGGGUUCUUUACGAUCUUCCAGGCUGCGCUCAAUUAUCUCAUCGAUACGUUUCAGCGCUAUGCGGCGAGUGCUGUGGCGGCUAAUACGGCCUUGAGGAGUGCGUUUGCGGCGGCAUUUCCGUUGUUCAUCAGCCCUAUGCUGCAUAACAUGGGCAUUAGCUGGGGCAUUGCGGUGUUUGGGUUCAUCGCGGCGGCCAUGAUACCGAUCCCGUACUUUUUUAUGUCUUUGGCAAGAGGAUUCGCGCUAGAGGCACUUGGAGUAGGGGAAGUGUUUGAGAUCGACAGAUUUUGUGGUUGCGGUAGAUACAGUGUGCUUUCAGUCUGCAGCGUUCGAAGCGAAGAUUCAGAUACUGGGACGACUCUGAUGUUGAAGCAUGUGCGCACAGCAUCAAACGACUGUCAAUGUUCCUAA